GGGCUGCCUGCAGUGGCGGGCGUGUCCGGGCCGGGCCGGGGCAGCCCGCUCUGCUUGCCGGGCAGGCGGGAGCGGGCGCCGCGGGGCUGGCUGCGCUGCUGCGGGAGGCCCGAGCCGCCGGGGGUUGCUGCCCAGCGGGGUCGGGGCGGGCGGGUGCCGGUCCUGGCGCCGGGGGGCGGCGCCCAGGCAGGCCGCGCUGCAGCGGGAGGGGCACAACCCCCGGGCUGCCGGCUGUGGGUCAGAGGCAGCCGCAGAGCUCGGCCUGGACGGACGGGGCCGGGCCGGGCCGGGCCGGGCCGGGGAGCCGGCGCAGGCGCCCGUGGUACCCGAGUGCACCCUCACCAGUCCUGAGGGGUCACACCAAUGGUGCAGGGUCCCCCGCUGUGGUACUAGGGCCUGCUUUGAGGAAAGGACCUGGUGACACCCAAAAUGACUUGGUCCUUUCCAGAAGCUGGAGCCAGAAAGGAACAGCUCCUGGCGCGGGGAGGCCGGCACACGGCGAAGGACGGACGAAGCACCAGGCUGGCUCCAGACCGGGCAGACGAGAUGAACCCGGUCUUGAACGGCUCUGAUGUGCCGGCGUCCAGGAGGUGCCCGGAGGAGAGGCGUGACGGCGGGAGAGCAGGCUGGAGAAGGGCAGCCCGGCAGCGCCUGCCCAGAGCUGGGACUGGGACGUGCUGGCGAGCCUGGAAGAGAACAGCUGAGCACCCGGGUGCUCGGGGCUGGGGCGCAGCCUUUGCGGGGGACCGCAGCUCUGCCUGGCGGAGGAGGAGGAGACUCUGCCACACUGCCUGGAGCCACUGGUGCCCUGGUUGUCCAGGAGGAGACAACAUCCCUCUCGGGAGGGAACUGGAUGCAGCUCAAGCCAGGAAACAUGAGAGACUGACUGCCGGUGCCGGCUCCCCUUGCCCUAGAGCGGGGACGCGGGUAUCUCAGCUGCGCCCGAGCCACUCCUGGCAAGGUGUCAAGGGCUGCAAAGGUGGCGCCGCCACCUUGGUCACCAUCUUGGGACUGAAGUCCUACCCCCUAACUCCUGACCUUUGGCCCGGGAAGUACUUCUUUGGGAUUGGGGGUGAGGGGUUGCUAUCUUAGAACCAGAAAAAGAAUCAUACGCUAAAAAUCAAACCUGGACUAACAGGGGUCAGCAACCCCCGGCACGCACGUGGAGCAUGGCACGCAAGGCCAUUUUACUCAGCACACCACCGCCAGCCCGGGCUCCAAGCAGCUGCUGCCAGCCAGGGAGCCCAGGCUGCUCCAGCCGGCAGCUGGGACGCUGCAAGUCCUGCUGCAAGCAGACAGGGCUCUGUGGGCCGGCUGCAGCUUGGAGGCUGCAAGCAGCUGCUCCGGACUUCGGCACCUUCCAAGGUAGACAUUGUGGGUUUUUCGGCACUCUGGCCAAAAAACAUUGCCUACCCCUGGACUAGAACUUUCAGAAAAUAUUUUUGUCCUGAUUUACGUUCAUUUGCGGUGUGUGUACAGGGCUCACAUCAUAGCUCAAAAUACAGUCUUCCUCUUGGA